CUGGCCUACGAACGGAUGUUGCGUUUGUCCCAGGACCCCUCCUGCCUAUGUUUCUCUUGGAACAGAAGAGUCACCGAGCAGGGAAAGCUGACUGCAAGAGAGCGAGUUCUUCUGUUGUUGGACCCUGACAGUUUUGUUGAAUAUGACAUGUUUGUGGAACACAGAUGUUCAGAUUUUGGGAUGGAAGCUGAUAAAAAUAAGUAUCCAGGAGACAGUGUGGUGACUGGCCAGGGCAGGAUUAAUGGGAGACUAGCUUACGUCUUCAGUCAGGAUUUUACUGUAUUUGGUGGAAGUUUGUCAGGAGCUCAUGCACAAAAGAUCUGCAAGAUCAUGGAUCAAGCUGCCAUGGUUGGAGCUCCAGUGAUUGGGCUGAAUGACUCUGGAGGAGCCCGUAUCCAGGAGGGAGUGGAGUCUUUGGCUGGCUACGCUGAUAUCUUCUUGAGAAAUGUUCUGUGCUCGGGGGUAAUCCCGCAAAUUUCUCUCAUCAUGGGCCCUUGUGCAGGUGGAGCGGUCUACUCGCCUGCCUUGACGGAUUUUACGUUCAUGGUGAAGGACACGUCCUACCUGUUCAUUACAGGCCCUGAUGUAGUCAAGUCAGUUACAAAUGAAGAUGUCACUCAGGAGCAGCUUGGGGGUGCAAAGACACACACUGCUGUGUCAGGGGUUGCACACAGGGCCUUUGAGAAUGACAUUGAUGCUUUGCUUAAUCUCCGGGAAUUCUUUAAUUACUUGCCUCUCAGUAACCGUGAUCCAGCCCCUGUCUGUGAAUGUCAUGAUCCCAGCUACCGCUUGGUUCCCGAGUUGGAUACUAUUGUCCCAAUGGAAUCUACAAAAGCAUAUGACAUGCUGGACAUCAUACAUGCGACUGUUGAUGAGAGGGAAUUCUUUGAGAUCAUGCCUUCCUAUGCCAGAAACAUAGUGGUUGGAUUUGCCAGGAUGAAUGGAAGAACCAUUGGAAUUGUGGGCAAUCAGCCCAAAGUUGCAUCAGGGUGCUUAGACAUAAAUUCCUCUGUGAAAGGAGCUCGUUUUGUCCGGUUCUGCGAUGCCUUCAACAUUCCUCUGAUCACUUUUGUGGACGUCCCAGGAUUUCUGCCAGGUACGGCCCAGGAGUAUGGUGGAAUCAUACGUCAUGGGGCAAAACUCCUCUUUGCCUUUGCAGAAGCAACUGUGCCCAAAAUCACGAUAAUCACCAGAAAGGCUUAUGGGGGUGCUUACGAUGUGAUGAGUUCAAAGCAUUUACGAGGAGAUGUUAAUUACGCGUGGCCUACUGCGGAGGUUGCAGUGAUGGGUGCAAAAGGUGCUGUGCAGAUCAUUUUCAGAGGAAAAGGGGCGCAUGCAGAGGCAGAAUACAUAGAUAAGUUUGCAAACCCUUUCCCUGCAGCCAUAAGAGGGUUUGUGGACGACCUCAUUCAGCCGGCCACCACUCGGCUCCGCAUCUGUCGCGACCUGGAAGUCCUGGCAAGCAAGGUGCAGACCAAUCCCUGGAAGAAGCAUGCGAACAUGCCACUCUAAACAGGGCUGGUGGAUGGAGCAGAGCACAAAUAUGAACAGCAUUUACCCAUGCUAACGCUUCCCUUCUGAUUGGCUGCAGCCUUGCACCACAAUAAACUCCACAGCACGUACGCAGGUGUAUUUGGAAUUACGU